AUGACGUGGAACAGGUCCCCGGCCGACGGCGGCGGCAGCAGCACCGGGAGGACCCCCGACGUGGCCGUGGCCGUGGCCGUCGACAACGGCGGCGACGACACCGGCCUGGCGCGCCUCCGGGAGCUCGGGUACAAGCAGGAGCUCAAGCGCGACCUCUCGGUGUUGUCCAACUUCGCCUUCUCCUUCUCCAUCAUCUCGGUGCUGACUGGGGUCACGACGCUCUACAACACGGGGCUCAACUUCGGCGGCCCCGCCACCAUGACGUUCGGCUGGUUCGUGGCCGGCGCCUUCACCAUGGCCGUCGGCACCUCCAUGGCCGAGAUCUGCUCCUCCUUCCCCACCUCCGGGGGGCUCUACUACUGGAGCGCGCGCCUCUCCGGCAAGCGAUGGGCCCCGUGCGCAUCCUGGAUCACCGGAUGGUUCAACGUUGUUGGACAGUGGGCGGUAACCACGAGCGUGGACUACUCCCUGGCGCAGCUGAUCCAGGUGAUCAUCCUGCUGGCCACCGGCGGCAAGAACGGCGGCGGCUACCUGGCGUCCAAGUACAUGGUGAUCGCCUUCCACGCCGCCAUCCUGCUCAGCCACGCCGUCAUCAACAGCCUCCCCAUCACCUGCCUCUCCUUCUUCGGCCAGUUCGCGGCCGCCUGGAACAUGCUAGGCGUGUUUGUGCUGAUGAUUGCCGUGCCCACCGUUGCCACCGAGAGGGCGAGCGCCGAGUUCGUGUUCACCCACUUCAACACCGACAACGGCGCCGGGAUUCGCAGCAACCUGUACAUCUUCGUCCUGGGCCUGCUCAUGAGCCAGUACACGCUCACAGGGUACGACGCCUCUGCGCAUAUGACUGAAGAGACGAAGAACGCAGACAAGAACGGCCCGAUCGGCAUCAUCAGCGCCAUCGGCAUCUCCAUCCUGGUGGGCUGGGGGUACAUCCUCGGCAUCACCUUCGCGGUGAAGGACAUCCCCUACCUGCUGAGCCCCGACAACGACGCCGGCGGCUACGCCAUCGCCGAGGUGUUCUACCUCGCCUUCAAGAGCCGCUACGGGAGCGGCGUCGGCGGGAUCGUCUGCCUCGGGGUCGUCGCCGUCGCCAUCUACUUUUGCGGUAUGAGCUCCGUCACCAGCAACUCCAGGAUGGCCUACGCCUUCUCCAGGGACGGCGCCAUGCCUUUCUCCUCCGUCUGGCACAAGGUCAACAAGCAGGAGGUGCCCAUCAACGCCGUCUGGCUCUCGGCUUUCAUCGCGCUCUGCAUGGCGCUGCCGUCCCUGGGCAGCCUGGUGGCGUUCCAGGCGAUGGUGUCGAUCGCGACGAUCGGGCUGUACAUCUCGUACGCGCUGCCGAUCCUGUUCCGGGUGACGCUGGCGCGCAAGUACUUCGUGCCGGGGCCCUUCAACCUGGGCCGCUACGGCGUCCUGGUCGGCUGGGUCGCCGUGCUCUGGGUGGCCACCAUCACCGUGCUCUUCUCACUGCCGGUCACGUACCCGGUCACCAAGGACACGCUCAACUACACACCCGUCGCCGUCGGGGGCCUCUUCUUCCUCGUCCUCGCGUCCUGGGUGCUCAGCGCCAGGCACUGGUUCAAGGGCCCCGUCACCAAUCUGGACGGAUGA